AUGACAACCACUUUAGACUGCUACGAAGCAACUUUGGACUCUGAUGUCAAUGCUUCAAUGGUAACAGAUGAGUCUCCAUUCAAGGAAUAUGUUAAGCACAAGGUAGUGAGUGCAGUGUCGGGGGCUGGGCAGCUGAAGUUACUGCCGUUUCGCUCUGUAUUUUCCUUUGACACCAACUCUCAGACGAUCAUUAGAGACUUCCCGUACUUAGCUGACAAUUUUGAUCAACAUGGGGUAUCGGUAAAUGGAGCUCUACAUUGGGUCUGCCAUUAUUAUGCUGGUGCAGAAUAUGGUUAUCGUCGAAUAAAUGUGAUAUUGUCCUUUGAUGCGAAAGAGGAGAAAUUCAUUGAAGUGCCGAAACCCUGCAAUUCUAUCUUUAGUGAUGACAGAAUUAUGGAACAGAUGGAACUGUUAUUGACUUUCAUGCCUUUAUGCAAAGACAAUUCUGAGCAUAAUGUGGGAAUAUCCACGCAACUUCCUGCGACAGGGGAUUUUCUUACAUUAUGUGUGGAAUGCCUGAAUCCUUUGUCUGGCCAUGACAACAAAAUCUUUGUUAAAAAUGUUGACUUCUUGUUGAUUGGCCCUGCUAAUUAG